GAAACUGUAAAACCAGCAUGACAUUAGAAGAACUUCCUCUGUGGAUACUGUGAAUUUAGUUUUGUUUGCAAAACAAAAUGUCACUGAACUGCUAAAUUAAUAGAUGUUAUAACUUUAAUAAUGAAACUGUAUGUAAUAUUCUUAGAAAUGUUACAAAUGAUCAAUUUAUGAUAUUUGGAAACAUAAUAUGUUGUUAAAUUUCGCAUUUGUGUAACUCUAAGCUAACUAUAUUUCGAUCGAAAUGAGUAGUCAGGCGGUGUACUUCCUCUCAUCAAGAAGUUUCCUGAGUCUAACAGUCAUGCCCGGAGAUUAACUGCCAUCAACACACGAGGCAAGUCGCACAUGCUUCUUGAGAACUGCACUCAAACAUAUGCAAGGCUGUUAAGAAGCAUCACUUUUCAGAGGUGAAGAAACAAUCAUGAAUGACUCACUAAAGGACGCCAUCAAAAUGGACAAUGCCACCUUGGACGUGUUUGACAACAAAUCGGCCAGUCAUAUUGUGUCCGCCAUCUAUGUCAUUGUGACUCUAGCCAACCUCAGCGGUAACAGCGUCUCUCUGUUUCUGCUGCUGUUUCGCACCUCUCCGAAAACCCCCUCCAUCAUCUUCAUGAUCAACCUCACCCUCACUGACCUGAUGCUGGGCACUGUGCUCCCCUUUCAGAUUGUGUACCAAAUGCAAGGCCACAACUGGACUAUGGGUACGGGCAUGUGCAAUGUCCUGACUGUGGUAUUCUUCGCCAACAUGUACUGCUCCAUUUUAUCCAUGACUGCUAUUAGUGCCGACCGCUACCUGGGGAUUGUGAAACCGAUGCUCUUCAGAGAGAUGAGGGAGAGGAAAAGAUUUGCAAUUCUUGCCUGUAUAUUCAUGUGGCUGCUGGUCCUUGCCAUUCUGAGUCCGCUGGAAAAAACAAACCUGACAUAUUAUGUAAGAGAGCGCAAUAUUACCACAUGUUUCGAUGUACUGAAGAAGGACAUGCUCCCUGGUGUUGCUCACUGGGCGGGAUUCCUGUUCGGCAUGUUCAUCAUCCUCUUCCUCUGUCCGUUCAUCGUAACGUUGUACUGCUACAUUAACAUCAUCCGUGUCCUGGUCAGAAAGUCCAACAGUCAUCAGAAAGGCCGUGCUGUGCGCCUGGCGUGCAUUGUCCUGUUUGUGUUCAUCUUUUGUUUUGCUCCCAAUAACAUAUUACUAUUGGCCCACACAAUCGCAAGGCUGUACUAUGACAAAUCUCUCUAUAUCUACUAUAAACUCUCACUGUCUCUUAGCUGCAUUAAUAGUUGCAUCGAUCCAUUUAUUUAUUAUUUUGCAUCUAAAGAGUUUCGUCGGAAGCUAAGGCAAAUUCUGCGGUUGCAGACGCUCAGCACUGGUGAGACUCAAAUGAUUGAGGGUCACAGAGAAAGCUUUUUCUCUGGACGUUCAACGUACAAUCCAAAUGAAGACUGUGACAAUUUUUAACUUUUUUUUGUACUAUUACUUUUGGUCUCUGCUACUUUUGUGUUGGAGGAGAGAAGAAUAUGUGGGAAAUGUCAUACGAAUCAGAAAAUGUCAUGAUUCAAACUCGCACUGUUGGUUUAUGUGCCAGAGCACAAGUGCUAACCGUUAGGCCACGGCUCUGCCAAAACUUUUAGCUUUUAGAAGAAUCUAUUUAAUUCAAAUGAAUAGGAAGGACCACUUCCCAUAUUUUGUUUUCUUUUUUCUUUUCUUUUUUUCUUUUUUUUGAGAGUUUCUAUUUUGUUCUGUGUUCACUUCCUGACUGAGCAGCUGAGAAAAAGCAUGCUGCUCACAUUGGUUUCAGGUCGCGUGAUAUUGUUUUUUUUUUUUGGUUUUUGUUUUGUUUUUAUUUGGUAUCAGACAUCCAACAUCCUCUUACUGAAAAGUUCACAUAUUCUUCAUACAUUGAUGUGUGGUUAGACUUAUGUAUCAACUUUAGUACUUUCAAAUCUGAUUGAAAAAUGUAGAAAGACUUAUUGUGGCAGCUAUUUUUGAUCUAUGAGUUUUUUUAGACUGUAAAUGUGGUUGUUUUUUGUUGUUGUUGUUGUUUCUUUUUUAUGAUUGAGCCAAGGUGGUUCAAUAUUUAUUUCACUUAUGCUGUUUAUAAUGUGCAUGCAUUCUUACAUUCAGUUGCUUAGUUACCUGUUUCUAAUUUGUAUUGCUAACAUAAUUAAACUGUUUUUUUUCUAUUGUAUCGAAGAAUACAAUGUCAUAUGAGGGCAUUUAUUGUGUCAAGUUAAAUUUAAUAAAUACACUUGAGUAAA